AUGGCUCAGAACAAUUAUUUCGGCUUUACUCACGGUGGGACGCAAUAUGGGGCGACCAGCGCCGCCGCAUAUCAGACCGGCCAAGCAGGAUACGCGGUAACUCCAGCAGCUACCGCUGCCACGUACACUCAACGACCCGCUGCCGCUGCUGCGACCGGCUACGAGACGUAUCAGGCAGCUGCUGCUGCAGCCGCAACUGGGACAACGUACGCAGCUGCCAAUCCUGGUACCGUAGCUCAAACUUACGACUACGGUUACGGACGAGCUGCUCCAGCAGCUACAUACGACGCGACUAAAACCUAUUACCAACAACCAGCAGCAGCUGCAGCAACUUACACUACUACCGAAACACAUUAUCAGGCUGCAAAGCCUGCUUACAGCACGACCAGUGCUUAUACUGGUACUGCUAGACAAGCCACUACUACUGGACAAGCUAAGACCUAUCAAGCAUCCGGUACGGCUUAUCAGCAAUCAAAUCCUACGCAGAGCGCUACUUAUUCGUCAGGAUAUACAGCUCCAGCUACGCCUGCCGCUACUCCAUCAACUGCAACAAAUAAAACGGCGAGUACAACGUAUUCCGGCUACGACGCAGCGCUAUAUAGCGCUGCGACUAUGUAUGUAGCCCAACAGAGUGCAAACAGCAAUUCCACUAACCAGAAGACUGGAGGUUGGCAGGGCUACGGACGGAAGGGAUUCGGAGCUGGCGGGGGAGGGAUGAAGGCAAUGCGGCCCAAGCAGCCUCCUAAGCCUCAACAACUUCACUAUUGCGAUGUCUGUAAGAUCAGCUGCGCCGGGCCACAGACUUAUCGUGAGCAUCUGGAGGGUCAGAAGCACAAGAAGAAGGAGGCCUCCCUGAAGGUGCCACAACAGCCCCCAGCGCGUGGAGCAGGCAACAGUCUUCGAUGUGAGCUAUGUGAUGUAACUUGUACUGGAAAUGAUGCCUACGCCGCUCAUAUCAGAGGUGCCAAGCAUCAGAAGGUCGUCAAGUUGCACACUAAACUUGGAAAACCUAUACCAAGUGCGGAUCCCACAGUUCUAAAUCCAAAACCAGCUGCAAAAGCUGCUGCUGCUAAGAAGUCGACAGUGACAGCAACACCUAAAAUCAAUUUUGUCGCUUCUGGAAACUUGGGCACGGUGAAUCAAAAUCAAACUGCAGAGGUUAAGCAGGAGGAAUCGGUUGAAGAAACCGUGGAAGAGGCUACGGGCGAUGAGAAGGAUAUUCAACCGGUUGGCCAAGAAUAUAUCGAGGAGAAUAAAUCUGAGGAUGGAAAGAUCAUAAGUUUCAAUUGUAAACUAUGCGAGUGUCGAUUCAACGAUCCCAAUGCCAAAGACAUGCAUAUGAAAGGUCGCCGUCAUAGAUUUGCCUACAAGAAGAAGGUCAAUCCCGAUUUGAUUGUUGACAUGAAACCAAGCCUUAAACAACGCAAGAUGCUGGAAGAAAAACUACGUAGACAACAAAUGCGCGAUGAGUAUUUACGUCGCAGAGAAGAAAUCAACCAAUUGGGACCUAUGGGACCCAUGAUGGACGAGGAAAUGAUAUAUUGGGAAGAGAGGCGUCGCUACGAGGAAGAGUGCGAAUAUUUCGAAUGGUAUCGACGAUAUGGACGUGGAUCAGGUGCCCCGCCGAUGCCGCGUCCAUUCCAAGGACCGCCACCCAUGAUGUUAUUCCCAGGUCCUCAAAGACGACCGGAUUCAUCUGACGACAAACAUGUAUUGGCGCAUCAUACAACUAUUUAUCCUAAGGAACAAGAACUAUUGGCAGUUCAAAAAAUAGUUUCUCACACCGAAAAGGCAUUGAAGUUUGUGUCGGAUGCUUUAGCUGAGGCUGGUAAAAAGAAUACUCCUGCCAAUUCCAAUGCUACUGCAGUAAAUGUACAGGCUGGUACCCCACAGGCAAACGCUGAUGCAUUGAAGAAAGAAGAAGCUGAUAAAAAGAAGGCAGUUACACCACAAAAGGAAGAUGGAAGCGACGGAAAUCUAUUCUCGUUUCAAAAGGAAAAAGAAGAUUCUAGGAUACUUCGUGGCGUUAUGCGCGUCGGAAACUUGGCCAAAGGGCUAUUAUUAUCCGGAGAUAAUCACGUGUGUCUUGUUGUACUGUGUGCAGAAAAACCUACCAGAACAUUGCUCAAUAAGGUUGCUGAGAUUUUACCGGGCGAAUUAAAGAAUGUAGCUCCAGAAGAAACCUACAAUGUUGGAAAGCAUCCGGAAUCCGCGGCUUUAACUGUCUCCGGGGGUACAGUUACCGUCAGCGUGACACUCACCAGCCCUCUGAUGCGCGAGACACCCAAGUCUGCCGCAGCAGAUAAUGGUGGACAGCAGCAGCAGGAAGCUGCUCAACUGCAAACAACGCCCGCAGCCUCCAGUGUGACGAAACCAGACCCACCGGAUGUACUUCCCAAGGCUAAGUGUUUGGAAGCUUUAGCUGCACUCAGGCACGCGAAGUGGUUUCAGGCUAGAGCUACCUCGCUGCAGAGCUGUGUUAUGGUUAUCCGUAUAAUGCGCGACCUGUGUAAUCGUGUGCCAACAUGGGGUCCGUUAAAUCCUUGGGCAUUAGAAUUAUUGACUGAGAAAGUGAUUAGCACCGCUGGAGGUCCCCUUAGUCCGGGUGAAGCCUUAAGAAGACUUUUGGAAUGCGUAGCUGGAGGAAUAUUGUUACCGGGUAGUCCAGGAUUAUCCGAUCCAUGUGAGAAAGAGCCCGUUGAUGCAAUAGGAAACAUGACGUCCCAACAGAGAGAAGAUAUUACUUCGUCGGCGCAGCAUGCUUUACGAUUAGUGGCAUUCCGCCAGAUUCAUAAAGUCCUAGGUAUGGAACAAUUGCCGCCACCGAAAUUCAAGGGACGAUUCGCUCGAAAACGAAGACGCGAUAACAGUAAUGGAGAAGGUACCGAUAGUGAGGCUUCGAAGAAGGACAAAAAGGCGGAAGAGAUCAAAAUGGAAACAGAUUCCAAGUAGAAGAUCUACCAAAAGAUUCGUACUUGCAGUACGAAUUAUCUAUUAACUUAUCUAGUAUAAGGAAGCAGUUUCUUUUCCCGCUGUCAGUUGCUUGUUUAGGAGGAGAGAUAUCUUCGGAUAAGGACAAUUUGAAACUAGGCUGAUGCUUGUCAUGAUUUUUAGAAUAUGCGUAAUCUGAGGAAUGAUAUGAUUAAUAAAAAGAUAUAAGACGCGUUUAUUAAACUACAAUAGUGGGCGCUCUUCGUCUCUACGUCUCUAUUGUGAGUCGUUUACUUUAUGGCAAUGGAUUUAUUUCCUACGAUGUAUUUAAUCUGUAAUAAGCGUGUCACAAAACGAAGCUAGCGUUAUUAUUGAGGAAAGCUUGAGUUGACCGCUAAUUUUUUCAGGCGGAUACGAUUCUGUUAAUUCUGAUAUUAGAUUUGUCUCGACAAAACUGACGGACGCGUUCACAGAAUUUGAAUCAGCUAGACUGAUUAACCAUUGGUUAUGAAAGAUACACAAACAAAAAUUCAAAUGAACGUGUAGUAAGACGACGACGACGAACGUUUAUAAGUUUGAAGUUAAAGAGUAGGCAAUAGAUUGUAUUGAGAUUUUGUGUGUAUGUUGUGUGUGUAGUCAGUACGUGUAGGAAAUACUAUAUCCUUUCUCUCUCUUUCUCUCUCUCUCUCACUUCUGCACAAAGUGACCAUUUACGAUAUAUGCUAUUGUCACGUAUGUGACUCACGCAGAAAAUAGCGCCAAUAUAUUUAUAACUCGAUGAUUUGGAUGCUUGAUGAUUAUUCGAUGCUGAGAAAGUGCACGUGUUAACAUUUUUUUAACACAUAAUACUAUAAAUUA